GCUUGUACAGCGACCCUCCAAAGCCCAGCCAGGUUACUGAAAUGGGAAGAAUAUCAGAGGCGUCCAAAGUGGUCACAUUCAGCAUCCCUCAAAUCAGGUCGGCCGAGAUCACAAAGCGGUCCAGCCAAGCAUCCAUGAGUGGUCAAGGUGAAGGAUUUCCCAGGCAGCAGGCGCAACACUCGUCCUUGAGCAAUUCUACGGGCAUCGCUUCUUCCGAAACUGAUCGUCCUAUCCCCAGCCAAACGCCUUUCUUGGGUGAUCAUCUCACAAGAUUGUUAGCUGCCCAAGCGAGUAAAUUUCAGACCCAGAUGGAAUUUUUGGAGGACUUAAUUCAAACCGAUACGCUGGAGGCCAUGGACCAGCUGAAGGGCUUUGCAAGGCUGAAGGAAGCUCAGGAGGCAUUGGAGCAAGCUUAUCUUCAGGCUCGAAACAAAUACCAGCAGUUGAAUCAGAACGGAGCUAUGGAGACUCUAGGAGAAUUUGAUCCCAACCGAGCUGUGGAAGGCAGCGUCUUCCAUCUUGGGCUGCGUUUGGAAGGGUUGAAAGAGAAAAUCGAGCGGCCUACAUGGAACCAACCGGUUGGAGCAGAGAUUUCUCCACAAAGCGUCCCGUCACAUCCCAGCUUCCCAGUCCAGCUUUCUGAGGAACAAAUGGGAACCCCAACACCUUCCCUUCAUUCUCCGGUCCCGGCUGUCUGCAUACCAUAUCCUGAGGCCUCCACCCCGAAGAAGAACAUCACUCAAGUCCAGCUGGAGGGAGACUUGAGUUCCAUCAGUGAUGAGGCUGAUGAAGAAGAAGAUUUCUUGGAGCUGCCCCAACCCUGCAAGCCUCAGGAGGAAGAGGACAUGGAUUAUCUUCUGGACCAGUGCAACAGCUUCAGAUCUUUGCCAGAGGCCUUGAGUCACAAACACAACGCAGAAGAACUGGGCAGUGAAACCACCACAGCUGCUGGGACCAAGAGCAUCUCCCUGCAGAAGGCAUCUGCAUCGAAUAAAAUCCCUCCUGCCUCCAAGGGACUUCAGGAGAAAGCGGCUCCUGAGCGCUUGCUCAGAAAGGUCCAGCUGCCUACCCACCCGAAGAGACACGUGCCUUCCAUCCAAGCAGAAGCAGCUCUUGGUGAGCCUGCAGAGCUCAACCGUCCGACAGUUGCCGUCCACAAGAUGUUCUCGAGAAGGCAGCAGGCGGAGUUUUCGCCUCACAGCAGCAUGGCGAGCAUAAGGGGGAGCGUAGCAUCGGAAUCUGCAGCUCCGCAUUCACCCCAGAAGAUGGACACAACGUUGUGUGAGGACCUGCGCAUCGUGUCUCCAGAGACAGACAGUGGUUUCGUGGGAUCAGAAACUAGCAGGGCAUCUCCUUUGGCACAGAUGCCCAAGCACCAGUUGGCAAAGAUGAGGUCCUACAGCAUCCAAAGACCUUCAUCUACCAUUGAUGGGCCUCCCUGCUCACCUUCCUCAAAGAAAGCGCCAAGUGCGGCGAAGCAGCUGGGAUCAGACAAAUCACCUGGACAAGUGAAGACCGAAGCUGGGAGAAACAGAUGCACCUUGGCGAAAAGAAACCCCCUGCAGAAGACUUCUCCCUCCAGGUGGACAAAUGACAUGGAGCCAGAAGACAACGAGAACUUUCACCCUGACUCCGAGUCAGAAACUGAUACACACGGUGGUACCAGUCUGGAUGGCAGCCCUCCACCCCAUGGGAGAGAUUUCCCCAGUUCGCCCCCAAUUUCUUCAAACGUGGCCCAGGCUCGCCACAAGAACUUCCUUCAUUCGCGCUUGGAACGAGACGAAGCCAUCGAAGCUUUGCAACAUGAAGUCUCUCGGUUACGUCAAAGUCUAGAAGAGUCACUUCAUAGGCAGUCUUCUUCUCCCCACCCAUCAAGAGUUCAGGGCAUGGCUCAACUUUAUCCAAGCGUCACUCCAGCCGGAACCUCAAGGAAAAACGUAGUGGAAUCUGAUGAAUCAUUUCUGGCCGCUGAAAGAAAAGGGAAGACCCAGAAACCUUCUUUGGCUCAACAUGGAUCCGAGUUGGACUUCAAUCCUUCCGAGUCGGACGAUGCGCCGUCGAAGUUGCAGAACGGAAAACCCCACACAACUUCCAGGGUAAGACCUUCAAAACAACGCACCGUCCAGGGACCUUACACAGGGACACAUUAUCCCAUUUCCACUCUGGAGACUCAAGAUCCGAAGAGACUCCAAACCUCUGCACUCGGUCACCAGAGUGUCCAGUUGCAACAUGGAGAAGAUUCUGCUGGGCCCUUGGAUGAAAAGCAGAGCAAAGGUUCCCCUAGGGAUGGAUCCUUACUUAGAAGUAAGGAAAGAGCCACCGAAGGAUGGGUGUGUCCCUCGUGUAAAGAUUCUUCAAACUCCAGGAACAAAGACAUCGCCGGAGCAGGAGACCACAAGGAGAACGCUCCAGAAGAAAGUUCUAGAACCCAACCAAAGUUGAGCCAACACCAGCAACCAAAACAGGCAGGCCUGUGGUACUUGGCGGUGCCAUCUGCAGCUACCUCUGUGAAUUACAUCCCAGCUAUUCCUUUGGCACAAUACCCCGUCUCAUCCAUCAUCUAUUCUCCAUCACCCGUCACUACCUCGAUCUCUUCUUCGCUAGCUCUUCCGGCUUUCGAUCCCAGCAGACAGCAAGCCAACGAGUGGAAAACGUCGCGGCAUCGUCUCCGGGAAUAUCAUUGCUGCUCCAGGACCUUCCUCCCUUCCGCCACUUUGGAAGACUUAAACUGGACUUUAAACCGGGCCGUGGAAGCCGCGAAAGACAUGAAGUUCACCACCGAACAGAUGAACAAAUCCUUAAGUUGGGCCUUAAGGAAAGCAAGGAGCCCCAGGACUUCCUGUCUCUUCUGAUCGGAAUGGACCGACGAGAACGGGGGACCCAUUAAACGGGCCGAGUUGCUUGCUCGUUUGGACUCUU